AUGGAUUCGUAUCCGUUAAAACUGGUCGAAUUACAUGAUUUUUUAAAAACACCAUCAAUUUUGAAAGAGACAUUAUCAUUUAAAAAUAAUGAAGACAAACAGGUAUCAAAAUCUAGGCUUCCAGAAAAGAAAAGAGUAAGGAAUGAAAAUCAUUCGACAAAAAAUGUUGUGCUUUUAAAUCAAAAACCAAUAUAUAAACGAGAAUUGACUUUACCCGAGAAUACAAUUUUAUUUAUUGAUGAAUCAGAUCGCGAACGAAUUGGUAUCCAUACAAAAACGAGUCAUUGUUUUGCAAAGAAUGUGUUGAUAACAUCUGCUGCAGCUUUAGCAUCAUUGAUACCUGUGUUAACAAAUGCCAAUGAUUGGUUAAUUAUGUCAAAAUUAAUUUAUUCAAAACGAUACUGUUUUGGUGCAAAUAGAAGUCGAUUUAUUCAUGGUGACGUUGUGAUGUUGUUAAAUGUAUCAGAUCCAUUUGUUCGAUGUGAAUUACUAAAGGCAUUCUAUUCAUUAUAUGAUACAUUUAAUGAAACAAAACCAGCAUACAUUAUUAUUGAUUUUACUCAAUUAUUAAUGAAAUGGUUCAAAGAAAACUUAACUAAAACUGAUCAAUAUCAUCGUCAUGAUCUUCGAUGGAAAAUUCAACCAUAUAAAUGUUUCAUGACAUUUGGAAACGGGAGACAGUGGAGAUCAAAUGCAAAUCCAUUGGCUACUAGCAUGUCAAAAUUAUUUAAAAAGUACAAUCAACCAUUGAAAAUUAUGAUUGAUUUCAAUUAUUUGCCAACAGUUGUCUAUUCGAUACAAUUUAAUAAUUUAUUCGCUUAUGCAAUGAAUGAAGAGCAUGAACAAACAUUAAAAGAUAUGGGUAAUGGUCUGACACUAAUGUCAGUUCAAAAUUUAUUGUCAUUAGACAAAAAAACGACAGAAGCAGCUGUUGAUGAAGAAUUUGUUGGCGAAUAUUGUGUUCAACCCUCAGCAUUAACACAAAAUAUAAAGCCAGAGAUAGUUCAACCAUCCUCAGUUAAAUCAUCCUCAGUUAAAUCGUCCUCUGUAUGUGAUGAAACAGAAUCGUACAUUUAUGAAACAAAAAAAGUUAUAGAGCCUUCACCACCCGCUAUUUCAUUGAAUAGUCAUCCAUUGUGUCAUCAACAACAAUUUAUCUUACCAUCAUCUUAUCCAUCGUGUUAUCAACCACAUCGUCAAUAUGAUUUAUCAUUCAAUAGUUCUGACCAAGGCAUUUUAGAACAAAUAUUAUGUAAUCAAUUGAAUAAAAUAAAAGAAAAUCACAAUAAUAUAAUGGAAUUAAUGAAAAAAACUAGUGCCCGUUGUUUAACGGGUACCAACAUGAAUAAUAAUCAGUUAAAUGGUCAUCAAAAUAUAGGCAAUAGGUUUUCACAAGAAUUGAUGGUAAUGUCAUCAUCAUCUCAACAACAUCAAACACCAAUUCAAUCUCAUUUUGAUCCAAUAAAGCAAACUCAAAUGUACAAACAACUAGAAACAAAUGGUAUCGGUUACACGCAAAUGUAUUUACCUAACAUGUUAAAUCAUGAGAAAAUUGAUGAAAUAUUGAAUGAAAUGAAUUUAUGGCAGUCGCUGAUUAACUUAAAUUGUCAUCAAAAUUCUCGAUUAUUACUCUGUUCAAUACUGGCACCGGUAUGUUUAAUCAAUCCUCAACAACAGCAACAACAACAACAACCAAUUUCGAUCUCAUUUGAUAAUGAUGAACAAAUUGAAACACGUAAACAUUUAUUACCAUGUCGAAGAUGA